AUGGACUUGGAUAUCGAAACCCCAGGAAGCCCGGAAGCUCCAGUCUACGUGGACCAGCAGGGUCGAUGGAAGCAUCUUUACAACGUUCUCAGCAAACGGGGUCCCUACACAGACGAAGAAUGGGUCCCUGGACCUGAGACCAUUCAGUCUCUGGAAUCAUCCAAGAUCUUGGUGAUCGGAGCUGGAGGACUGGGGUGUGAAAUUUUGAAGAACCUAGCUUUGUCUGGAUUCAAAGACAUCCAUGUAAUCGACAUGGACACAAUUGAUAUUUCAAAUCUGAACCGACAGUUCCUUUUCCGUCAGGCUGAUAUUGGAAAACCCAAGGCCGAAGUUGCUGCCGCUUUCGUGCAAAAGAGAGUGAAGGGUGUCACCAUCACACCUUAUGUUGGCAAGAUCCAGGAUAAGGAUGAAGAUUACUACAUGCAAUUUAAGAUCAUCAUCUGCGGCUUGGACAGCAUCGAAGCCAGACGAUGGAUUAAUGCCACCUUGAUCUCAAUGGUGGACAUGGAAGACCCUGACAGUCUAAAGCCAUUGGUCGACGGCGGGACUGAAGGGUUCAAGGGACAAGCGCGUGUGAUUUUGCCAACACUCUCAUCAUGCAUCGAGUGCCAGCUUGAUAUGCACGCUCCCCGUCCCGCAGUUCCCCUCUGCACCAUUGCCACUAUCCCUCGCCAGCCUCAGCAUUGCAUUGAAUGGGCACACCAGAUUGCAUGGCAAGAGAAGCGCAAAGAUGAUACUUUCGAUAGCGAUGACAUGGAGCACAUCUCAUGGAUAUACAACGCCGCUUAUGAACGAGCACAGCAGUUCCAUAUUCACGGAGUCACUUUCCAAAUGACACAAGGCGUUGUGAAGAACAUUAUUCCCGCCAUCGCAUCAACAAAUGCUGUCAUUGCAGCUUCCACGACCUCCGAAGUCCUGAAGAUCGCCAGUUCCAGCAACCCCUACCUCGACAACUACAUGAUGUAUGCCGGCGAGGAAGGAGUAUACACCUACACCUUCGAGGCCGAAAAGAAACCUGACUGCCCCGUGUGUGGUAACCUUGCCCGCAAGAUGAACGUGGAUCCCAAUAUGACAUUGGGUGAAUUUAUCGAGAGUUUGGGCGAGCGGGCUGAGUCCCAAUUGAAGAAGCCCAGCAUGCGUACCGAGGAAAAGACUCUCUACCAACGGUUCCCGCCUCAGCUGGAGGAAAUGACGAGACCGCACUUAAAGUUGAAGCUGUCAGAACUGAUCGAGGAUGGCCAGGAGAUCGCUGUCAGUGAUCCGGCUUAUACCAUCGAUUUCCGCUUCCGUCUCAAUUUCAACUAA